AUGACGGACGUCCGGUCAAAGAACCUCUACGAGCUUCUGGGCAACGACCCAGAGCUCGACCCCAGCCGCCCCGCCCCUCCCCCCGCGAAGGCUGUCGACCGCCCCACCGAUCGCUCCGGAAAGCGUGAUACCCCCAAGGAGCAGCCCGCUCGUCACACUGAGUCCAAUGCUCGCCGCGGUGGUGCCCGUGUGAACAACGGCAACGAGGCCGCCUACCGUGACCGCAACGCCGGCCGCAACAACAACCGCGAGAAGCCCACCGAGGACGGUGCUCAGCCCGCCCGCCGUGGUGGCCGUGGCCCCCGUGGCGACCGCCAGUCCCGCACUGGUCAGACCGACACCCGCAAGCAGGUCCAGCAGGGCUGGGGUGCCGAGAGCGGCGAGAAGAACUGGGACGACGAGCGCCAGGGCGAGAAGAUCGCCAAGACCGAGGAGGCCGAGCCCCAAACCCCCGCCGAGGAGGUCGAGGAGCCCGAUAACUCCAAGUCUUUCGCCGACUACCUUGCCGAGAAGGCCCAGAAGGAGACUCUGGCCGCCAAGCCCGAGCGCACCGCCAACGAGGGCAGCAAGCUCGACAAGAAGUGGGCUGCCGCCAAGGAGCUCGCCAAGACCGAAGAGGUCUCUUACAUCCAGUCCUCCGGCGAGAAGGCCAAGCGCGAGAAGCAGCGCAAGGAGAAGAACUUCCUUGACGUUGACCUGCGCUACGUUGAGCCUCCCCGCUCCGGCCCCGCUCCCCGCGGUGGCCGCGCCCCCCGUGGUGACCGUCCCGCUCGUGGCGGUGACCGUGCUCCCCGUGGCGACCGUGCCCCCCGUGGUGACCGCGCUCCUCGUGGUGGUGCCCCCGCUGCCCGUGGUGGUGCUCCCCGUGGCAACGCCCGUGGCCCUGCCGGCCCCACUGUCGACGAGAAGAACUUCCCCAGCCUCGGCGGCAACUAA